CGGUUUUGUCAUUGUAGAAUGUUUUUUGAGAACCUGGGAUUUGGCUUCUAUACAAUAAAAUUUCGCGUUUGCAAAAAUAUUUGUUUCACUGACAUCUAUAAAAAUAAAACUGUGUAUAAUAACCCUCGAAAACAAUUCGCGCUUUGAAUAAAAGUGGACAGUGUGAACAAAAAUUUUAUUUACCUACUGUUGGUGACUAUUUUUGAUUGAUUUUUUCGCUAUUGCAAAGUGUCGGACAGAAAUUUUGUUCGUGGCCACGAUUUAUAAAUAGUCCAUACUAUUACCUAGCUUUGGAGGCUCAGUAUUAGUGGCGCAGUCGGAACGGAUUUUCUAAAUGCAGUAGUGGUGGACAAUCAACCAGAAUCUUCUGGGAGUUUCUGUGAAAUCGCCAAUCGUGGAAAGUUCGAAACUUUUGGACAUUCGCUACGUGGAUUUUCAAAUUCUUCAGCACACAGAACCAGCAGCAAGGGAAGCAGAACGACAGUCUAUGCAAAGGUACAACCCGCAUGUGACGAGUUGUAAAGUUGAGCAGGAAAGGAGACGGAAAAAUACGAAACCAAUAUCAAGAUUUCAAGGAUGCGGGGGAUAAGUUUUACAUUAAAUUUAUACCCCAAUAUGAAGAAUUGUAGUUAACACCAUGCAACAACGCGAUUCCGGAACAGUUAUGGAAUCUAAAGACGGAGACCAAACAAAUACUCCUCCGUCCAGAGGGCGGUCCACAUCAAAAUUAAAAGUACUUGGACGCAGCCAUGCCAUGCGCGAAGAACCAUCUCCACCUCGCGAGCCGACCAGGGUCGACAACGACAUUGCUUCGGCAACGCAUCCGACGUCGCCCUGUAUUAAGUUAACUCCCUCGAUUGAAACAUCCCUUUAUGAAAAUCCAUUGCUGGAAUUCAGUCCAUCUCCUGUAGGAGAUCAAAAUAGUUUGCCGUCCCUUAACGAAACUGAUCCAGAUUCGUCUACGUCAACGUUGUUGGUCACACAAACUUCAGGGUUUUGUUCUCUGGUCAAUUCACGAGAUGACGACAUCAACGUUAGUAAGUUGGACCCCGCACAAACGGAGCUACUGUUUAACUCCGAACAUUGCGAGAUUGCAAAUACUCCAUCGGACCAGCACCAAGAUAAAGUGAUACAUACUAGUCUUAAAAAUAUAUACUGUGACUGCCAAAAUCAGAACUGUAUAAAAUGCGUAAGAGAUAAAAGCGUAAACAAUAACAAUCAUAGUAAUAUAAAUAAUAACGUGAUCAGUAGUUCAAAUAUGUUAUUUGUAUCAAGGACAAAUGUGCGAAGUAAAUUAAGGCAGCAAAGUUCCUCACAGGGUAGUUUUGAGAGUUCUUCAAAUUCACCAUGUCUUUCAAGAGAUAGUAGUUCCGAACAAUAUACGGACUCAACAGGUAUUGAUUUGGAACAUUUCAUACCCGAAACACUUAACAGAAACGCAAAGGAUCGAGCUCUUAUGUUAAGGAUAGAACAGGAACUAGUCAGUCUCGCCAAAGAUAAAACAAAAACGCAUUACAAAUUCCCGCCAAUGUCCAGCUACCAACGAAUGCUGGUCCACCGUUGUGCCGCUUAUUUCGGCAUGGAUCACAAUAUAGAGUCUUCUGGGAAAUGUGUGGUUGUUAACAAAACAAAAAAUAUGAGAAUACCAGAGGUAGAAUUUAAAGUACAUGUAAAAGACGAUAUCGUUUUUAAGGAAGAACCUAGGCGAUCUAUCUUAAAGAGGGAUUCAAACAGUAUAGAGGAUUACUGUUUUAAAAGUCCAGAUCGAGGUUACAACAGUGAGAACAGAAGAAGUAAGAGUUUUGAAGAACGGGAGGAAGAAUAUGAGAAAGCGAGAAAAAGAAUUUUUAACAGAGAGAUGCACAAAGGAUCAUCAGAGGAGUUUACAUGGUCCGAGAUACCUUGGUCGAGUACCGAAAGCGACUAUAUUUCAAAAUAUCGAUUACAUCCACCGGAAUUUCAAGCAAGACACGUAAGAAGAUUGUUAAAGGUGCAUUCUGAAGAUGCUGUGGAAACUAUGAGACCGUGUGUAGCAAAAAGCUUUAGUUUUGGAGGUUACGGUGGAAACGCAUCUGGAUUAACUAGGGGUGAUAGUGUCAUGUCUACGCACAGCGCAGGUCCCAGGCUUCUUACAAAACAAGAUUCAGGAGCUAGUUCCGUAUCAUGGCGCCUAAGCCCAUCAAGUUCUGGCUAUAAGUCACAAUCACAGAUGUCAGAUUCGGUAACGCCUAGUCCGACAUCGACUCCUCACCAUUUGGGCGAAGCAAGACAGGAUUUGAAUAACAGUGUAGAAGGUCACAAUCGAAUCAUAUCAGACAGACCAGAAAAUCAAAUUGUAUGGGCUGUCACAGACAUACAAAGUGUUCCUAAAGGCAGUAUUAUUAUCAAUCCACAGGCAAGCAAGUCGUUAAAAAACGAAGAUGGUACCAUUUACCAUUACGAUCCAAACAGGCCACCCCCAGGUUUUCUUAUCAAACCAUCACAUUCUAGUCAACUCGAAAUAAACACGAACGCAUCUUUGUCCCCAAAUCAGUCUCCACAUAGGGAAAAAGUCGGAAGAUCUUCACCGAAAGUAUUAAAUUCUAAACCAUCAAAAUCAUCCCCUACUAGAAAGACAAACCUUGCUAGUGCAGCAACGAGUCCUAGUUUACCAUACUCUCCUAUUUUGUCAUCAUCUUCAAUUCAAAUAAACAGGAGUUAUCCGUGUGUGCAAGUUGUUUCAUCUUGUGAAAAUGCAAAUUUACCACUUCAGCAACAGUAUUCUUCAUAUGGGAUACCUACCCCGGAAGCUAGUGCACCAGUUAUGCAACAACCUUUCAUUGUAUACACAACUCCAUAUGGAGUUCCUGUACAACAGCAUUAUGACUCGAGGACGCAGGAUCAAAGUAACAAUCAAGAAUUAUCAAGUACUUACUACCUCUCAGAGGGUACAGUGUCAAAUUCUGCACAAGCAAUUUCGUACAAUAGUCAACCCACUGGGUCAUUUUGGAAUCAACAACCUGUCAGCUUUUAUCCAAAUAGCCCGCAAGGACCUGCAACACCUCAAAGGUUCCCAGUUCCUUUGCAAACUCAAUCUGCCUAUGUACCGACAGUAUAUCCUAUGAAUUAUAUGCAUCAGUCAUGUGGAGCUCUACCCCAAAAUCCAGAUUUAAUGCCUGUUUAUCCCAACCAGUCAGUUCAAAUGGUCUAUUCCCAAUCCCCUACUCCUAACGCUGCUAUUGUUUAUCAAAACCAGCCACCUGUGAUUUACGCGCACAACGCUGCUACCUGUUCUUCGGCAGCAUUUCAGCCACAAGCCUUACCUACUUACGGCCCGGGGACGCCCACUCCUAAUAUUUGCAUGUCAUCCUCUAGCAAUCCCCUAUUUGGUUCAUCGGGACCUGAAGAUAUUAAUCAAGGUUAUGUUCAACUUGCUCAGAAUAUGCAGCAAAUGAAUUUGGGUGCGGCUGGAUCAGUCACGCCAAGAAGUUUUGUGGCAUUAAACAUGAAAUGUCCUCAGCCAUUUGAUAGUCGUUCUCGAAAUUCAAUUCCAAAAGCGUUCCCUGGCAAAUUCGUUUUAGGUCAACAGCAGCAACCCGGGGGUGCUUUUAUAAUUGGUCCGGGUCACAGUAGUAACGGUGCCAAUUCACCAGCAGCGGUUAUUCCAACGGGUUACUGCUCUCAAGGAUCCAACGUCCCUGGUGCAACGUAUCGAAGCCCCCCUGAUACACCUCCAACAUCACAGUUUGUAUUUCAACCUGGGUUUAAUAUGACCCCAAGAUUGUUUAGACAGAUGAGUGGAGAAAGAGAUCCAAAUUCCGGACACCCCAAAAAUAGCAGAUCUCCAACACCUGCAAAUGAUUUUGAUAGGCAGAGAAUGUCCAUGACAUCAAAUGUAUAUCAAGUAAUGCCUUAUGUUGUUCAUUCGGAUGCUAGAUGUGUUGGUAGAGGUCAACCCAGUGUUUAUAGACAAACACCCCCUGUGGUGAGCAGGCAAUCUAGCAUUAACCAAGGGUCUGAAAAAGGAAUUCAGAACAGGAAUCGUAAAUCAAGGGGAACGACCAAAGCAGGUGGUAUUCCGCCCUCAGGAAACUAGAAUGAGUAAUCCAUUAAUACUAAUUAUUGGAAAAUGUUAAACAUCGAUAUUUUAUCCUGCUAUUUGUAAAACUAGACAUGCAAUUGGAACUAACGCUCUUUUAAUAAUUUUCUGUAACGUAAUCGUUACCAUUUUGCAUUCAAAGUUUUAAUGGUAAUAUUGGCAAAAAUGAAAUCUCAUUGUAAUUUUGGUGCAUUCAAAUUCAAGAAAUGUGCAAUUCCUAAGAGGAUUAACUUUUUCGCCCACACACGAAAUUUUAGCGAAGUUGUGUCUAUCUACUUCCAGUUAUUAAUAAUUGUUUUGGAAAAUUAUUGUUACAGUUUGGAUUGUACUUCAAGGAUAUUGGAAAAGCUGAUUUGCGCUCAGAGGCACUGUUAGACGCUACUUUAAUGCAUCAUAUCAUUUCUGUGAAUAGAACAGAAAUAAUUGCACCGAUAUUACCAAAACAUUUCUUUGCUAUAUUAAUCAUUUUAAUUCCGUUUUGUAUUUAAACUUGCUGUGAUAUAACUAUUUUAUUGUCAUCUUAAAAUACGCGUUUUUCUGAACUUUAGUUUUUUCGUGCAUAGUGCAACUACGCACUAUGGAAACCCUUGCCCCUUUUUUCAAGCUGUUGAUGAUUGCGCGUACAUCCAAAAAAAAAGACGCACAUAUCACCAUCACAACUGAUUUACUAAUACUUCUUCUUGGGACAAGGUUUUUGACCUUCGGGAAACAUAUACUGUUUUAAUUGUCCUGUUGUUUUCCUCAACGAACUUUCUGGACAAUAUUCUCGUUUGUAGAUUCAUGAUCAUCAUUUAAGUAGUAAAGAUGUAAAGAGAAGAACUUAUGUACAAUAAUCUACCAUAAUAAACAACUUGAUCGCUUUCGGUGUUAAACCUAAAGAUAAUAAUAAUAAUAAUAAUAAUAAUAAUAAUGAUACAUGUUUUUUCACUCAAAUUUGAUAUUAGAGUAGAGUCUAAGAACAUACCGCCGAUACUUCAAAUUUAAUAAUAAAAUCUCAACUCUCCUGGUAUGCACUCUCUUUUUUUUUCUAAAAUUUUGUUCCAUUUUGUUUCUAAAUAGAAAAAUAUUUAUCAGUUAUUCGAAAAACUCAAUAUAAUGCUAAUGCCAAAUUUAUAAUAAUUAGAAGAACUGGAUCAUUUUCGUACUAAGAUGCUGUAAAAUUUGCCCAAAUAAUGAAUAUUAUUAAUACCAUAUCUAGUUCUCCAAGUACUCUGUUGAAAUUGUUGUUAUAUAUUUCCGUAUUAUGUUACAAUGGCAUAUUUUCUUUACAACGUUUCCUGUCAAAGAAACCACCAUCCAUUUUGUUUUCUUUGUCCUUUACCCAGUGUCAAGUGGUAGUGAAAAUAUUUUUUUUAUCUUGCACUGCUAUCAAAAAGUGUCGCGUGUUGGGUAUAGUACAGUUGUAUAUGUGAGCAAAAAUCGCAAGUACAAAUAUUAUUUUACUUACAAAUAUUAUAUAAAGGGUGUUCAAAUUUAAGGUUGCUUUUUGAAUGUCUCGACACUGGCAGGGGUUCUAUUUAUUUGUCUCGUGAUAAUUACUGUUAGUGUAGUUAAAAUAUUGCGAAGUUAAGUUUUUAAGUUUAAUUGAGGAAGUUUAUUAAACCGAAUGGAAUAUUUUUUCUACCGAAUUCCGUAUUGUUCUGACCGUUUCUAAUACAUGUUUAUACGGCUCCACAACUAAACACAACAAUAUUUUUGGCACACAAACGUCAACUGUUACGCUACCAACAAAUAGAACGAAUAUAGCAGUGGCGAAACAUUCAAAAAGCAGCCUCAAAUUAGAACACUUUUCUACUGUACCGAAAUUUAUCGAGAAAAUAGAAAAUAUAUAUGAGAUGUUCCAAUCUGUUUUUAUUGAUAUACUUAAUGUACUGCAAAUGUUUUUUGGCGUAUUCUGCCGGAAAUAAAAACAUGUAAUCUAGAUCUGUGUGUCCAACUUUUUAUAUCAUUGAAACAAAUGCUCUUUUUUAAGUCGUGAUGGGUUUGUAUUUUUUUAAAUAUUUGGAUUAUCAAUGUCAGUGUCUCGGUCGGUUUUGAUAAAUCCUUGAGUUUCACUAAUUAAUUUUUUUUUCAAACUCGCAACAAUACUUUUUCGAUUUUUUAACACCAAAACCUUGCAAAAAGUACUUAGAUACAACUCGGUCUAGAACACACCAAGAUAAUGAUUAGUAAUUAGACUUAAAUACACUUAAAUACUUGUGAAUGAGAAAAAGAUUCGAAAAGUAAUACAAUUCUGAAAUUAAAAAAUUUCACGUGCAAAUGGUGCAAAUUAUGGUUUCAUAAAAAGGAGUUUCUAUACCAGCCCAUGGUGACAAUAAUGUCGACCAUCUGAUUUUCACUUCAAAUUUGUAGACAUAAAUGUUUUUAAAAUUGAUUUUACUAUUUUAAAAUGUAGAUAAACUAAACUGAUAUUUUAUACCAACUACUGAGUCACACACCUCCAUCUUGUCUUGCCAAUGCUUUCCCGCAUGCAUAUGUGCCAUAGAACUACUUAAAUUUGCGGAGGCAAAUCAUUUGAGAAGAUGUAAUUAUUUUAAAAGAACAUAAAACGAUAAUAAACCUAAAUGGUAUACACGGUUUUUGUAAAACAUGAAUAAUUGGUGCUUUUCAAAAAUCGAAGUCUAUUCCCAUGAUCGACCUGCUUAGUGCAAUACCCAGUCAUUUUUAGUAAUGUGAAUGUUGCUGCACUAUGACCUUUUUCGCCUCCAGUGAGCUUGAUUUGAAAAUAUUUACAGUAAUUUUGUAAGAAAAUCUCUCAAAUUAUACGGUUUCUUAAGAAUCACCAAUUUAUUAUUAAAAUAAUUUGGAGAAUAUUGCCUCAAACUUUUGUUGUGUUUUGGUAAACACCCGAUAAAUAUAUGUUGUCGCUAAAUAAAAUGUUUUUUUAGUAAAAUCAAUUCACUUAUAGAGGUUAAACACAGAAAAACCAAUUUUACUGCUAUUCCUGGUCAAUUAUAUUUAUAAUCGACUUAGCCAUUGGUGUACUUAACUCCCAAUUUUCUAGAAAUUAUAAUGUGUAAUAACAAACUACUUUAGAAUUCUCAAUAUAAAUAGUUAUUGCAAAUUAUACAAUUUUAUUGUUUAUAUAAACUAGCUAAUUUACAUUUUUCUAAAUGAUACGCAAGUGUUUUGUUUUUAUGUGAAAAUAAAUUAUUAUGUAUA